UUUGAAUUCUUCUGGCUCUCAUCACUUCUCAUCUGUACUUUAACAAUAGUGUUUUGACCAGUGUCCUGCUUCCUGUCCUAGCCUCUCUGUACUCUAUCCUUUACAAAGCUACAAAAUUGAUGUCCUAAACAUGGAUCUGAUCAUGUCACUUUCCUCCUUACUUAAAAUCUCCAAUGACUCCUCAUAGUUCUAGAAUAUAUACUAUAUCUUCAGCCUGACAUUUAAGGCCCUCUAUAAUAUGGCUUCCACUUGCCUUUCUAGUCUUAUAUUAUUCCUUUUAUGUAGUUUCAUGCAAUUCUCUGUUCCAAUUGAACUGGCCUGAUAGCUAUUCCCCAUAUAUUAGUUGCUCUCUCUUAAAAAUUCUUGCUCUCUCUCUCUUGCUCUCUCUCAAUCUCCCUAUCAGAAUCAUAAUCAUAACCUCCUUGAUGGCAGGGAUUGUUUUAUUUUUUAAUCCCCAUCCCCUUGUGCAUUAAUAACUGUUUAUUUGAAUUCACUGAUUUGACCUUUCAGUGUUACCUUGGGCAACUCCUUCCCCCUCUUUGGACCUGAGUUUGCUCCUCUGUAAAAAAGACCCAGUAAAUCAUACUUUUCUUUAUCCUGAGACACAUCCUCAAAUGAGUUUGUUUUCUUUCCUGGGAAUUCUGUCUUUGACAUCCUUCAGAUGUAGCCACUCACCCAGUAACUCCCUUUCAUUUCUUCAGUUCUUUCUUCCUCUCUGAAAAGUUAAUUGGCUUUAUCUUUCCUCUUCCCAACCCUGCAAUUCUCUUUAUUCUUCAACAAACAGGAGCCUUGCUUAGUAACUGCCUCUAAAUUCCAACAUAUUCCAAUACCUGACUUCUGCCAGUACUCAGACUCCCUUUAACGAGCCAGGUAUGGUGUCUCAUCAAGAAUGGACUGCAAAUCAACAACACUCCUCAUCACUAGACUAUCUCCAGUGACCUAACUGCAUUUUUAUCUAGCAUCCCCUAUUUUUCAGGCCAUCUUUUUUUUUAGUGAGUCAAUUGGGGUUAAGUGACUUGCCCAGGGUCACACAGCUAGUAAGGCCGGAUUUGAACUCAGGUACUCCUGACUCCAGGGCCGGUGCUCUAUCCACUGUGCCACCUAGCUGCCCUGCUUCCCCCUAUUUUUGAUCCUCGGUGUGUCAGUUCCACUUUUUUGCUUUUUUUUCUCUUUUCAGCUGGAAAUCCCCCUGAAACCUAGGAGAAGGGAUUGUAGAGUCAGCCUACUGGGCCAGGUUUUUGGGAGUCAGAAGAUGGGUUUGAAGUCAGGCUUUGCUACUCAGUACCUUGGCUACUUCAGCCCACAUCUUAAUCAGCCUCUCUGUACCGCCAGUUUCAAUUCUGGCAUUUAAUAAACACCAGCUCUUUGCAUGGUACCUUACUGGGCACCAGAGACAGAGGAAAAACAAUCUGUUCCCUGGCACCGUAUAUUUUACUGGCAAAAUGAGAGUGUUAGAAUCUGUAAGAGCUAGAAUUUAAUCCUUGGUUUUAAGGCUUUGGAACCCCUACUCUAUGAACAGGACUCUACGAUUUUAGGCCAAGGAAGAGGACAAAUAUCUGGACAAAGACCCUUCACACCCUGCCUUCCCGCCCCCUACUCCCCCAACUAUGACAGGGCCAAAUCAGAGGCCCCGAUCUCUAGAGAUAGAAGGCAAGUUGGCUUAUAAGAAGGUUGGGGGGGGGCGGUAGGGAUUUUGUGGGGCUAUAUGCCCAAUGACAGGUUGGGUCUCUGAGAGUCCGCAAGAAGGGUGACCAAAGAGAAACUGAAAGCUAGGAUGGGCGCGCGGAUUCGCCAAUGGAAGUUGUGGGGCGGGGCCAGGUCUAGGCAGCAGCCUAUGGAUUCGCCCGUGGGAGUCUUUCCCUCUCUCCUCCCCGCCACCACGCCCCCCUCCUCCUUUCAGGUAGGCUGCAGAUAGCUGGGGCUGGCCACCGGUGUGCCAAGGCUGGGGAGCGGUGGCCGCAGGGUCUUCCACCGGCGCUGCGCUGACCUCCCGCUGCCCAGCCUAGGCCGGCCCCCGCCUAGAGCAGCCUCAUGGCGGGCGCCGCUGUGCUUCUCAUCACCCUGGUGGCCUUGGCUGCCGCGUCUAGAGAUACCCCGCCCAGGAAAAUCGCGGUUGUGGGAGCUGGAAUUGGGGGCUCAGCAGCAGCCCAUUUCCUUCAGCAGCUCUUUGGGCCACGGGUACAGAUCGAUGUGUAUGAGAAGGGCACAGUUGGAGGCCGCCUGGCUACCAUCACUGUCAACAAACAGCAAUAUGAAAGUGGUGGUGCCUCAUUCAAUUCCUUCAGCUUGCACAUGCAGGACUUUGUUAAACUCCUGGGUCUGAAGCAGCGGCGGGAGGUAGCAGGCAAGAGUGCCAUAUUUGGUGGCGAGCAGCUUAUUCUGGAAGAGACGGAUUGGUACCUGCUAAACCUUUUCCGGGUCUGGUGGCACUAUGGCAUCAGUUUCCUUCGGCUGCAGAUGUGGGUAGAGGAAGUCAUGGAAAAGUUUAUGAGGGUAUAUAAGUACCAGGCCCAUGGCUAUGCCUUUUCAGGAGUAGAGGAGCUGUUGUAUUCAGUGGGUGAAUAUACCUUUAUCAACAUGACCCAGCGCUCUGUGGCAGAAUGUCUGCUAGAAGUGGGAGUUACCCAGCGCUUCAUUGAUGAAGUGAUCACAGCUCUGCUGCGUGCCAGUUAUGGGCAAUCUGCAACAAUGGCAGCCUUUGCAGGGGCAAUGUCACUUGCUGGAAUACAGGGGAACCUGUGGGCUGUGGAAGGGGGCAAUAAGCUAGUAUGUUCAGGCUUGCUGAAGCUGACUAAGGCCAAUGUGAUACACGCGAGGGUGACCUCUGUGGCCCUGCACAACACAGAAGGGAGAGCCCUUUAUCAAGUAUGGUAUGAGAAGGAGGAUAAAAUGCAUUCAGACUUCUAUGAUAUUGUAGUCAUUGCUACUCCGCUCUAUGUGGGCAGUAACAGCAACAUCACUUUCGACGGCUUUCAGCCUCCCUUUGAAGAGUUUGUUGGUUCCUUCCAAUCCACCGUCACCUCACUGGUCCAUGGCUACCUCAACUCCUCCUACUUUGGCUUUCCCGACCCUAAGCUUUUCCCUUUUGCCAGCAUUCUUUCCACAGAUGCCCCCAACCUCUUCUUCUGUGCCCUGGACAACAUGUGCCCUGUCAACAUCUCAGCUACCUUCCGAAGGAAACAGCCACAGGAGGCGGCCAUUUGGCGAGUCCUGUCCCCCCAACCCCUGGAACGUCCCCAGCUGAAGAGCCUUUUCCGUUCCUAUUAUUCAGUCCAGACAGCACAAUGGCAGGCCUAUCCGCAGUAUAACUCCCGGAUGGCUACACCACUGUUUGCCCUCCAUGACCAGCUCUUCUACCUCAAUGCCCUAGAGUGGGUAGCCAGUUCUGUGGAAAUAAGUGCUGUGGCUGCUAAAAAUGUGGCCCUCUUGGCCUACAACCGCUGGUAUCAAGACCUGGAUAAGAUAGAUCAGAAGGACUUAAUACACAAAAUUAAGACUGAAUUGUGAGAAGACUAGAAGAUGGAGAGAUGGGUAGGAGUCUGGAACUCCCUUCAUUUGUCUAAUAAAUACUGGUUAAGCACUUGCUUCAUGUGCAGUCCUGUACUCGAGGCUUAAUAGUAUGCAGAUGUGGAUAAAACGGCCCCUGUCCUCAUGGAGCUGAAGGUGCCCUGUAAUGAUGGUUCUUGAUCCUAAAUCAGUGAUAGCUUCUAAAGCAAUGAGAAACCUGCGUCCCAUACACUCAAUAUGUCUUGUGUGACCCUUUCUCUCUCCUGUGUCAGACCUUUCUGCUUGCCUUUCAUGGAUUUGGGGGGAUAGUUGCCUUCAGGGGAAGGGGGAUUUGAGGCAAAAUCACACCUCUUUUAUUUAUUUAAUUUUAAAUAAAAAUGAGUCUUC